GCCCUUCCUCUCACAGCCGCCCUUCCUCUCACAGCCACCCUUCCUCUCAGACCAGUACGGUGGCCGACGGGAGUCAGACGCUGGGGAUGAAUGAAGGUGCUGGGUGCAGGUUGAAAAAGUCUCCCGCUUUUCCGUCCCUACAGUCCCGGUUCUGCCUUUGUGUGGUGCCCCCAUCCUCCCCACUUCGUAUCGACAAUCCGGUUGGUCCCGGCGUCUGAGUUCUCGGUGCCCGAGUCGACUCGAGGCACAACUAGGGUUUGGGGUUCCGGAUCAUCGCCUAGGCCCAACUUCGGACCGCGCUCUCGGAUUUCUGCCGCGUCCCGCCUCUAAGACGCGGAGUCCGUGUGGGGUUCCGUGAGGCUGGAGGGUAGAUCUUAAGGAUCAACAAACAGUAAUAAUGACUGAAUGUACAAGUCUUCAGUUUGUCAGCCCUUUUGCUUUUGAGGCAAUGCAGAAGGUGGAUGUUGUUCGCCUGGCAUCUUUAAGCGAUCCAGAAUUAAGACUUCUCCUGCCCUGCUUGGUACGGAUGGCACUUUGUGCACCUGCUGACCAGAGCCAAAGCUGGGCUCAGGAUAAGAAACUCAUCCUUCGCCUUCUCUCUGGAGUGGAAGCUGUCAACUCCAUUGUUGCAUUGUUGUCCGUGGACUUUCAUGCUUUAGAACAAGAUGCCAGCAAAGAACAGCAGCUUAGGCAUAAACUUGGAGGAGGCAGUGGAGAGAGCAUCCUGGUAUCACAGCUUCAGCAUGGACUGACGUUAGAGUUUGAACACAGUGAUUCACCUCGUCGAUUGCGUCUUGUGCUUAGUGAACUGUUGGCAAUUAUGAACAAGGUGUCUGAGUCCAAUGGAGAAUUUUUUUUCAAGUCUUCUGAACUUUUUGAGAGUCCAGUUUAUUUGGAGGAAGCUGCAGAUGUACUUUGUAUUUUACAAGCAGAGCUCCCUUCCUUGCUCCCUAUAGUUGAUGUAGCUGAAGCUUUGCUGCAUGUUAGAAAUGGUGCCUGGUUCUUGUGUCUCUUGGUGGCCAAUGUUCCUGAUAGUUUUAAUGAAGUUUGUAGGGGCCUGAUAAAAAAUGGAGAACGACAAGAUGAAGAAAGUCUUGGAGGAAGGCGCAGGACAGAUGCCUUACGCUUCUUGUGUAAAAUGAAUCCUUCUCAGGCCCUCAAGGUCCGAGGCAUGGUGGUGGAGGAAUGUCACUUGCCAGGCCUUGGUGUGGCUUUGACAUUGGAUCAUACUAAAAAUGAAGCUUGUGAGGAUGGAGUGAGUGACUUGGUUUGUUUUGUAAGUGGUUUGCUUCUUGGAACAAAUGCGAAGGUCCGCACUUGGUUUGGAACUUUUAUCCGAAAUGGACAGCAGAGAAAAAGAGAGACCAGCAGUUCUGUCCUCUGGCAGAUGAGAAGGCAGCUUCUUCUGGAGUUGAUGGGCAUUCUUCCCACAGUAAGAAGCACCCGAAUUGUGGAAGAAGCUGAUGUGGACAUGGAGCCCAAUGUGUCUGUGUAUUCGGGGCUGAAAGAAGAGCAUGUUGUGAAAGCCAGUGCACUCUUACGUCUGUACUGUGCUUUGAUGGGGAUCGCUGGACUCAAACCAACUGAAGAAGAAGCUGAGCAAUUAUUGCAGUUGAUGACGAGCCGUCCUCCUGCUACGCCAGCUGGGGUUCGCUUUGUUUCACUUUCCUUUUGUAUGCUACUGGCCUUUUCUACGCUUGUCAGUACACCUGAACAGGAGCAGCUGAUGGUAGUGUGGCUAAGUUGGAUGAUAAAAGAAGAAGCAUAUUUUGAGAGUACUUCAGGCGUCUCUGCUUCUUUUGGGGAGAUGUUAUUAUUGGUGGCUAUGUACUUUCACAGCAACCAGCUUAGUGCUAUCAUUGACUUGGUCUGUUCCACUUUGGGGAUGAAGAUUGUAAUUAAGCCAAGCUCCUUGAGCAGGAUGAAGACGAUCUUCACACAGGAAAUUUUUACUGAGCAGGUUGUCACAGCUCAUGCAGUUCGGGUCCCUGUCACCAGCAACCUGAGUGCCAACAUUACUGGAUUUUUGCCUAUUCAUUGUAUUUACCAGCUUCUCAGGAGCCGUUCCUUUACCAAGCACAAAGUGUCAAUAAAAGAUUGGAUUUACAGACAGCUGUGUGAGACCUCUACUCCACUUCAUCCUCAAUUACUUCCUUUGAUUGAUGUGUACAUAAAUUCUAUACUUACUCCUGCAUCGAAAUCUAAUCCAGAAGCCACAAAUCAGCCAGUCACAGAACAGGAGAUACUCAAUAUUUUCCAAGGAGUCACUGGGGGUGACAACAUCCGCCUUAAUCAGCGUUUCAGUAUCACAGCACAGCUUUUGGUGCUCUACUAUAUACUGUCUUAUGAGGAGGCUCUUCUAGCAAACACAAAGACUUUAGCUGCCAUGCAAAGAAAGCCCAAAUCAUACUCUUCUUCUUUAAUGGACCAGAUUCCUAUCAAGUUCCUUAUUCGACAGGCUCAAGGGCUACAGCAGGAGUUGGGAGGGUUGCAUUCAGCUUUACUACGUCUCCUUGCUACUAACUACCCACAUUUAUGUAUUGUGGAUGACUGGAUUUGUGAAGAAGAAAUCACAGGGACUGAUGCCCUGCUACGGCGAAUGCUCCUGACUAAUAAUGCUAAAAAUCAUUCUCCCAAACAACUCCAAGAAGCAUUUUCAGCUGUCCCAGUAAAUCACACACAAGUGAUGCAGAUUAUAGAACACUUGACUCUACUCUCUGCCAGUGAACUUAUACCAUAUGCAGAAGUGUUAACAUCCAAUAUGAGCCAGCUGUUGAAUUCAGGGGUUCCACGGAGAAUUCUGCAAACAGUCAAUAAACUAUGGAUGGUUCUUAAUACUGUGAUGCCUAGAAGGCUAUGGGUGAUGACGGUUAAUGCACUUCAACCUUCAAUAAAGUUUGUACGACAACAAAAGUAUACUCAGAAUGACCUGAUGAUAGAUCCUCUCAUUGUCCUAAGGUGUGAUCAGAGGGUUCACAGAUGCCCACCACUGAUGGAUAUUACCCUACACAUGUUGAAUGGAUAUCUUCUUGCAUCUAAAGCCUACCUUAGUGCUCAUCUGAAGGAAACAGAGCAAGAUAGGUCUUCCCAGAAUAAUACAAUUGGCUUAGUUGGACAAACUGAUGCUCCGGAAGUUACCAGAGAAGAAUUGAAAAAUGCAUUAUUGGCUGCUCAGGAUAGCGCAGCUGUCCAGAUUCUCUUAGAGAUUUGCCUACCUACUGAAGAGGAGAAAGCAAAUGGUGUCAAUCCAGAUAGCUUGUUAAGAAAUGUUCAAAGUGUUAUUACCACCAACACUCCAAAUAAGGGAAUGGAGGAAGGAGAAGACAAUUUGCUCUGUAACCUUCGAGAAGUUCAGUGCCUUAUCUGUUGUCUCUUGCACCAAAUGUACAUUGCAGAUCCCAACAUUGCUAAGCUUGUUCACUUUCAGGGUUAUCCAUGUGAACUUUUGCCUCUGACGGUCGCAGGUAUUCCAUCUAUGCACAUCUGUCUAGAUUUCAUACCUGAGCUUAUUGCACAGCCAGAACUUGAAAAACAGAUAUUUGCUAUCCAGUUGCUUUCUCACUUGUGUAUUCAAUAUGCAUUACCAAAGUCACUUAGUGUGGCUCGUUUAGCUGUCAAUGUCAUGGGAACUUUGUUAACAGUUUUAACACAGGCUAAGCGGUAUGCUUUUUUUAUGCCAACUCUGCCAAGUUUAGUCUCUUUUUGUCGAGCAUUUCCUCCUUUGUAUGAGGAUAUUAUGUCUUUGCUGAUCCAAAUAGGGCAAGUUUGUGCCUCUGAUGUUGCCACUCAGACAAGAGACAUUGAUCCAAUUAUUACACGUCUUCAACAAAUAAAGGAGAAACCAAGUGGAUGGUCUCAACUCUGUAAAGAUUCAUCUUACAAAAAUGGAUCCAGGGACACUGGAAGCAUGGAUCCUGAUGUACAGCUCUGUCACUGUAUUGAAAGAACAGUAAUUGAAAUAAUAAAUAUGAGUGUUAGUGGAAUUUAAAACAAAAUUUAAAACAAACAAAAAAAAUGAAGCUGUUUGCUGCAUAUACCCAACGUGAAUCUGCGUAUUGUAACAACUCUAAACUGAAUGGGAACAGUAAAGUAAUGUUGUGGAAUCACUAAAACAAUUCAAUUCAACAUGAAUAUAAUUUAGAACUCUAUGAGAAUUAUGCUUGCUUGUUUCUGAUUGGCACGUCUUUGAAUCUACUUUGCUGGUAUGUUUAUAUUGUAGCAGCUGAGCUUUUUUUUUUUCCACUGGGAACACAUGUAAGAAACUCAUUACUGGAAAGGGAAUUUGGCCUUGUAUUUAGCUUUUGAAGUGAAGACUGCCAUGCCUUUAAUUUCUUAUAAAAAUGAGUCUGUGGGUAGUCUUGGUGUUUAUUUUAACUGUGAGCUUGUAACAAAAUGUGACAAAGAUGCAAAGAUGGGAGAGGAAAAAAGGGUAAAGGGAAAGGAGAAUUAAGGAAAUAUUAGGAGUUAAAAACCCAAGUAGAAAUCUCAAAGAUUUGCAAUACAAGUAAUAGUAAUGCAAGUUGGAAUUCUAGUUCUCAAGAAAGAGUAUUGAGAAGGUUUUUAAAAAGGCAAGUAGCUUUUGUAAAUUAUUUCUGUGGAAUUACAGAUGAGGAUUUAAAGAUUUCACAUAUUUGCUUCAAUUUUUAUUAAUAUAUGAAGCCAUAUGUUUAAAGAGAUACUUGAAUAAUUUGGAAUUUUAAGAUACUGGUGUAAAAGUGUUUACAGAAACAUCUUUGUUCAAAGAAGAACCUGAGAGGAGAUCUCAUUUAGUUUUAUGUUUUAAAUUUAUUUUUAUAAUGCUUUAUUAACUUACCUAAUGCUCAGAGGGGGGAAAUAUAUAUCAAAUUAAAUGAAGGUAGAGCAAUAAAACCGAUUGGAUUAAAGAGCUGUUGGUUUGUCAUCAGGAUUAUAAUCAUAUCUUACUCUGAGAAGAUCUUUGAGUAAGAAAAUGUAGUGUUUGAAUCUCAGGAAAAGUUAAAAUGUAGAAAAUAUUGUCUUGCUGAAGGAUUUUGCAUUCCUCUGUCAGUAACUUCCAUUGAUUAGGCAGACAUAUUUAGGUAAACCCUAAUCAUUAAAAAAAAAAAAAAGCAAGUAUCAAUGUAGAAAGUACUUCCCUUUUCUCUCUCUGAGAUAUACCUCAAUCACACACUUCCCCACCCCCACUUGAAACAGACCUCUUCACUUGUGUUUUUUUUUUUUUCUCUGAGGUGGAGUCUUACCCUGUUGCCCAGGCUGGAGUGCAGUGGGGUGAUCUUGGCUCACUGCAGCCUCUGCCACCUGGGUUCAAGGGAUUCUCGCACCUCAACCUCCUGAGUAGCUGGGACUGCAGGCAUGCGCCACCUGUAUUUUUGUAUUUUUAGUAGAGAUGGGGGUUUGCCAUGUUGCCCAGGCUGGUUGUGAACUCCUGGCCUCAGGUGAUCUGCCGGCUUGGCCUCCCAAAGUGCUGGGAUUACAGGUAUGAGCCACUGCACCCAGCCAGACCUCUUCACUUGUAAAAGAAAUUAGGCUAAUAAGAAGGUGUAGUUUUUGAGAAAUGAAAUUUAACUUCAGCCUUUUCACUAGUAAAUAGUCACAUCUCAUUUUCUUCCUUUGUAAAAUGGGGUUACUACUGGCCCUACCUCACAUUCUAUGAGAAUGAGUUUGUAGCUGUUUCAAAUCAUGAAGUGCAUAGUAUCACAUAUGAUAGACUAUUUAUAACUUUUUAUUAGAUGCUUAAUGUUCAAUUAAGUAAUUUUGAUGUGAAAAAUAAAAGCAUAUGCUUAAAAGUAGCAUAAGAAUUUUCAUAUUUUUAAACAAGGCAGUUUUGUAGUCCCUUAAGAUUAAAUACAACUGCUCCUUUUUUUUUUUUUUUUAAACUGAGGCCUUGCGAUAUUUUGUGUGAAUAGAUAUGCCCUAGGAGUUCAGAAAAAGUUAAAGUGUGUUUUCUAACUAAAUGCAGUGCACAUUCCUGGAUCAAUUUUCAAAGACUGGUCAUAAUAACCUGCUGUGUUAAAAUAAUCACAUAUGCUGUUAAUCAUCAGAUUUGUUGAUGAUGUAAAUAAAAUGUGUAAAUAUAUUAGUAAAUGUUAAUAUUCAUGUAUUUUAAGUUAAGGUUAUAAAGUUUGUCACAAUGUGUUUUUUUAUUCAAGUGAAAACAGAUGUGUGCAGCUAUUUUGAAUAUUGGUUUAUAAACAUUCAUAUUCUUUAUCAAACGAA